GCCCACUCAUAUCUAUCCUAAAUAGGGGUUCCAACACUUUCCCUAUCAGCAGCUGCGUGUAAAUUGCGGGGAAAAAAAUAUAAUUAGCAAGAUUGUCUUCAAGAAUAUCUUGAGACAAGUAACAAUGUGCACAUUAUUCUCAUGAAUUUCUUCUUUCUUAAUCAAUAAACUUCUUUUUAAGUCAUACAGAGUUGUGUGAUAAGAUUGUCAGAUAGAGAUUCAGACUCCUUACAUCAGCUGUCAAAUGGAUCCUCCUUCCGGCUGGUAUCAAACAAGGUAAAUAUUGACGACAUGACUCUUGACGACUCUGGCCAGCAGUCCUUUUUCAGCAAAUGUGUCCUACAGCGAGCGAGAACUUUAGCCAAAAUCAAGCCCACGCCUCCUGAGGAGAUAGAAAAAUUACUUGCACUGUGUCCAGGAGAAAGCCAUGGCGGAGGGUUUCGUGUGGACCAGAGAGGGCAGGAUGCUGUGGUGGCUCUUGGGGUAUAUCUCCUGGAGUCUGGCCAGCAGCAUCAGGCUACCAUCCUCCAGUAUCUCCUUAGAUUACUACGAGCCCUGCCCAAGGCAGUGUGGCUGGAUGAGAAGAGAAUCACUCCAGCAGACCGUAUGCCUGUAGCUGAACGAUUCACAUUUGUGGUGACAACUUUACUGACUGAUGUUGCUGCCAACUGUGAAAGUGUGCGGGAAGAGGUGCUCAACACACAAGUGGAAGUGCUGUCAGCUCUUACCAAUGUGAUCAUCAGAGCUGCCAGGGAAGACAGCCUUCUCUCAGCCAAUGGCAAAAUUGCAUUGUGUCGUGGUCCUGUAUCUGUACUGCUGGGUCUCUCUCGUGCUCUUGGACGUUCUACAUCAGGGGACCCUCUUUUCCUAAGAAUAUUCCCCAAGCCCAUCAUCCCCAUACCUGUUGCAGCAGAACCACCACAGAUGACUAAGAAGAAAAGCUUCAGUACUUACCGACCCAUCAUACCCCGAUCUCUCUCCUCCACCCUUCCUUCUUGUCCUGAUGCUGUGUCCCUUGUCAGUGUGGACAGUGAUAGAGAUGCUGGCUUACGAACACUAGGUGGUCCAGGGAAACGCCACUCACUCAUGUCCCAGCAGUCAGUUCCCCAUGAUCCAAAGGUGUACUUCUUCCAAAAAUAUGGCUCCAGCUUUGGGGCAAACUUUCCCCAGUUAACCCAAUAUGAUCACACCUUGGUGUUUCCUGUUCAACAUUUACAGACUGUUCUUGCUAAUGCAAAGAAGCUGCUGGCAAAAGAAGUAUUGGCAAUACUUGAUGGGGUGGCAGCAGAAGUAUUUGCUUCUCAUCAAGUGAAAAUGUUUCCUUAUUGCACCAUGCGGGAAACCUUGAAUUUGGUGAUGGUCACAUUGCUAAGAGAACUCUUAGCAUACCAGAAUGAUCUACCUGUCCCAUUCACAAAAGAUGUACAGGAUUUUGUGAAAGGCCUCUUCCUCUCUGGUCAAACUGAAUUAGCAGUACAGCAGAAUGAAAGUGGGGUAAAAACUGAUACCAGCAAGAAGGCACCAUCAAUAAAUCCAUACAGAAUCAAUGUUCAAGCAAACGCUGCAUGCAUUGAUCUCUUGGUAUGGGCUAGUGCUGAUGAAUCUGAGGCAGAGAGUUUAUGCAACAGAUUGACGGAGAAGGCAAAUGUUCAUCAUGGUCAUCGGCUGGCCCUCGCUCACAUGCCUUUGCUGCUGGUCUGUUUGGAGGGGCUAGGUAAACUGGCAAGCAAAUUUCCAAAUAUUGCUGGGACAUGCAUCAACUACCUUCAAGACUUCCUUGUUAGUCCAUCACCCAUCCUUUUAAAGUUGUACCGCCAACAGUCAGAUCUCCUCACUCCUCAUCAAGGCAGUUUGACUGUUAAAGUUACCGGGGAUUCCAGUAAUCGACCAGCUUCAGCUUCAGCAACAGCAUUUGAAAAGCUGCGAGACACUGCAAUUGAAAAUCUUUGUGUUGCAUUGAAGGCUGGCCUUACAGUUGAUGCCAACACUGUGAUGGCUUUUAUAUCUUCAAUCUCCAGUAGAGAGAAAGCUGGAUGUGACCGCUUGCCUGAAAGUGAUACUAUUGUGAUUUCCAACAAUGUGGUUGUUGCGCUGGGUCAUGUAGCCGUGGCCUUGAAGGACUCCCCUCGUACCACAGAAACUAUUUUGCAUCAGUGUCUGCUGCAGCGUUUUUGUCGACCUCCCUCAUCUCUGGAUACACUCAUUGUGGACCAGAUGGGCUGCAUGCUUCUUGCCAAAAAUGAGCCCAAAGUAUAUGAUGAGAUAAUGGAGCAGUUCAGCAAAAUCAUUAUAGAAGCCAGCAGUGGUACAUAUGGCAUGGGCGCAGCACAGGACCAGCGAAUGAAGCAGUACAGACAUGUAGCCACAGCAGUACACAAUGCUUUGGCAAACAUUGCUGCCAACAUUCAGGGUGAAGCUGAAAUGGACAAACUUCUCAUGCGUCUCCUAGAAUUAUUUGUCAAACUUGGAUUGGCUGCCAAACAAAAUUCUGAAAAACAUCCUGCAGUACUGAAGGCAUCCAGUAGUGCUGGUAACCUUGGGGUGUUGAUUCCUGUUAUUGCCAUGCUGGUGCGCCGCCUCCCUCCCAUCAAGGAACCAAAAUUACGCAUGCUAAAACUCUACAGAGAUUUUUGGCUUUUCUCUAUUGUCAUGGGAUUUACUCAGCAUGAAUCUGGAUUGUGGCCCCCUGAAUGGCAUCUUGCUGUGUGUGACAUAGCAGUCACGUCACCUUUGCUGCUUUCCCAGACAAAACAUCGCUCAGAGAUGAAGGAGCUGAAGUACACAUAUGCUGUACGGGAUGACUCUGUGUCUGUUAGUGAACUAAAUGAAUUGAGACAACAGAUACUUAGUUUGUUGGAACAUCCUACUGACCUGACUCAAGUUGUCAACAAGCUAACUUUUGCUCAGUGCAUUUUUGUUUUAUCUGUGUAUCGUGUGGAAGCUUUAAGAGUAAGAGGUUCCCCUGAGCCCAACUUCCAGCCAAUGUUUGAAUACUUGUUGGAUCCUGCUAUUCAGAAUGACAAGUAUGAUAUGUGGAUGUGUAUUAAUAGAGUGAGUGAAAGAGUGUUCAACAUUUUUUUAGAGCAAGUAAGUCAGCGCUCUAGAGAUGAACACAGAGAAAAGCUUUUGGUUCUGCAUGCUCAGUUCCUCUUGACCCACUUCAACCACACUCAAGUGCAGAUUCGACGUGUGGCUGACAAGCUGCUCUCCAAGCUUGUUGAUAGGUUUCCUUUGCUGCUGUGGAAUGGAAAUGUUCUUCGAACCCUCCUGGAUAUUUUACAAGUACUGGGUUACUCACUACAGCUAGACCCCAAUGAUGCCAACCCAACCAUUCCCAUCCCAGACACUCCCUUCAGCAUAACCCUCAUGGAUACAUUGGAGGCCAGGGAGCGAACAGUGAGUGAUUUUGCAGCCAGAUGUCAAGGAAUCCUGCAAGAAGCUAUGAAGUGGGCCCCUGAGGCAACACGUUCCCAUUUACAGAAUUACCAAACUCACCUUGAUCAAACCAAUCUGUCUUCUCAUUCUGGACUGGCUUUGGCCACAGAAUCAGUUCUUCAGUAUGCAGGACUGAAGUCCAGUGCUACUGGAAGUUUUACCUCUACUUUUGACAAACGGCACACAGGGAUGAGUGACCUUACAUCAUCAUUCAUAAAGAACCUGAGUCUUCGCACUCACUACCAAGGGGAGAUCUCAGGACUGUUACUCAUGGCCUCAGAUGAUACACAGAGAGAGAGACUCAUUGCCAAGGUGCUUAGUGAUAUCACAGCAGCUUGUGAGAAGAAAAGUGAGUUAGAAUUCAGACAAGGAUUGUGGAGAGCUACUGGGCUUCUCAUUGCUGAUAAAGGUAUUCCUCGAAUGUUACUUCGAUGUGUUUGUGCCUCCUCUUUGAAUCUCUUCACAGAAGAUACUAUGGAGAACAGCACAGCUUGCUGGCAUUGGAUCCUGUCAGCACGUCAUGAUCUUACACUUCCUUUUAUGCAGGAAAUGAUAGCUGCCUGGCAGGAGAGUGUGGAUCGUCGAUUAGGAUUAUUCUCAAGACCACCAGAAGAUGUUAAUCCUCUGGCAGCAUAUGAGGGCUGUGAUCUUGAACCACAUGUACCCCAAGUUGGUCCUCAUGACAUUUGGAUCAAAUUCAUCAGUGAGCGUAUUGAGAUUGCCAAGUAUGACAGUGAUGCUCAGGUAGCCAUGUUUGCCUGCAUGUUUCACCGAACACUUCACAUGACUGUGGGAAAUCCAGAUGCCAAGAUUAGCAGACACAUUGGUGCAGUUGGUACUCGGUUCCGUCUUCUGUCAUGUGCCCUCACCCUGAUUCAAGGUGAUGCACUUCCAAAGUCACUGAGCAAGAAUGUUCUGAGGGAGCGCAUAUAUGGCGCGUGCUUGGACUACUUCUGUGCUCCAAGAGGGUGCCCUACACAGCGCACAGCCCGCCUACAGGAAGAUUUCAAUGCUCUUCUUAACUUUUGGAAUUCUCUUCAUGCUGACAGGAAGUACCUCAAAGCAAGUGACAUUGGAGAUUUUACAUCUCUGCAAUAUGGUGGAGGUGCUUCAUUGUCACCUUCUGUUGCAUCCGACCUUAGAUCUACCUCAGGUGAAUUCACCAUGACUAAUGGCUGGAUCAACACUGUUCCCCUCUCAUCAAACACUUCCACCCUCUCCAAAAAGUCAACACGCAGCAAACGCCUCAUCAAUCCAGAUAUUUAUGUUAAGGAUUAUUUGAAAAAACGGGCCCUCAUUUUGUCCCUGUUGGCUAUUGAAAUACGAACCCUCAAAGUCUGGCUACAGCCACCUCAGACAGCCGGACAGGGUGCAGAGGUGACAACCCCUCAGGAAGAAGCUCUUGUUAAAUGGCUUUCAGUUAGCUUCAACAGUCCCAAGUCAUGGAGUGGUAAUACUAAUUUAGCUUGGAGCAUUUCACCAGCUCUGGCUGUAUUUUUACCAUCAAGAAUCCACAAUGUACAAGGACUGGAGGGUGAGAUCUGCCAGCUUGUUCGUGACAGUCCAAUUGCUGUGAGCCACAUUCCUGAUGCCCUUCAGUACUUAGCAACUUCAGAAAAUAUUUACUCUGAUAUUCCAGAGUUGAAUUAUAUGCUGACCUGGGCAGCAGUGCCACCAGUGAAGGCACUUGCUUUCUUUUCCCGCCAGUACUCUCCUCAUCCUCUGACUGCUCAGUAUGCUGUGCGGGUCCUUACAAACUACCCUCCAGAUGUACUUAUGUUUUACAUUCCUCAACUCACUCAAGCUCUUCGUUAUGACACGAUGGGUUAUGUCACUGAGUUGAUCAAAACAGCUGGCAAGAAAUCACAGCUACUGCUUCAUCAGUUGAUAUGGAAUAUGGAAACCAACAAGUUCAGAGAUGAAGAAGGUCAUGAAAAAGAUGCUGAUUUGUAUGAUGGAAUUGAGAAUCUUGAAAAGACAAUGCUUGCUAACUUAUCAGGCCCAGCCAAACAGUUCUAUGAGAGAGAGUUUGACUUCUUUGGGAAAGUAACAAAUAUAUCUGCUAUCAUCAAACCAUAUCCCAAAGGGCCAGAGAGAAAGAAAGCAUGUUUGGAUGCCCUUCGGGAUCUUUUAGUCCAGCCUGGCUGUUACUUACCAUCCAAUCCUGAUUCUGUCAUCCUGGAUAUUGAUCGCAACAGUGGCACUCCCAUGCAGAGUGCUGCAAAGGCUCCAUAUCUGGCCCGAUUCAAAGUGCGUAAAUGCGGCAUCAUGGAAUUAGAAAAGCAGGGUAUGGCUGUAAGCUCAGGCCAGUGUGUGAGCAGCAACAUAGGACCUGUAUUAUGGCAAGCAGCUAUAUUCAAGGUUGGGGAUGAUGUGCGGCAAGAUAUGUUGGCCCUGCAAGUCAUCUCUCUCUUCAAGAACAUCUUCCAGACUGUAGGGCUGGAUCUUUUCUUAUAUCCAUACUGUGUAGUUGCUACCUCUCCAGGGUGUGGUGUCAUAGAAUGUGUUCCCAAUGCCAAGUCUCGAGACCAGAUUGGGCGAGGGACCGACACAGGAAUGUGCCAAUACUUCCUUGAUUUGUAUGGAGAUGAGAAUUCACCGAAGUUCCAACAAGCUCGCUCCAAUUUUGUGAAAUCCAUGGCAGCAUACUCUAUUGUGGGAUUCCUGUUGCAGAUUAAAGACAGACACAAUGGAAACAUUAUGCUGGAUACUGAUGGUCAUAUAAUUCAUAUUGAUUUUGGAUUUAUGUUUGAAAGUUCACCAGGAGGAAACUUAGGCUUUGAGCCAGACAUCAAGUUAACAGAAGAGAUGUUGAUGGUGAUGGGCGGAAAAGUAGAAGCUGCCCCAUUCAGAUGGUUUGUGGAGCUGUGCAUAAAGGGAUAUUUAGCUGUGAGGCCAUACCGAGAAGCAAUUGUUUCUCUUGUGUCUCUGAUGCUGGACACUGGUCUACCAUGCUUCCGAGGGCAGACUAUCAGGCAGCUGCGCUCUCGAUUUACUCCUCAGUCCACUGAGAAAGAGGCUGCACAGUAUAUGCUCAACAUUAUCCAACAUUCACAUCUCAACUGGCGCACCAGAGCAUAUGACCGCCUCCAAUACCACACCAACCAGAUUCCAUACUAAGAUACCCUUUACUAGAAAGUGAGGUGUAAAAUUUUUAAUAUUUUGCUCCAGAUUAUUGCUGGAGGAUCACAACUUUUUUCUUGAGUCAGAGUUUUGUGAAACACAGAGAAUAAUGUUAUUUGAAAAUAUGUAUUGGCUACCUCUAAACAUUAUAGCAUUUACUGCAUAAUUUGUGUAUGCUCAUUCUGAUCAGUUUUAUCUCAUAGAAAAAUAAAUAAAUAAAUAGAUAAAUAAAGAAUAAAUAAAUAAGUUGAAGCUCACAUCCUUUCAUGUACAGCAAAGUAUUGUCUAAAAUGUUUAUUCAUAUAUUAUGUUAAAAAUAAAUCAUGUUCCAUGAUAUAUUUAGAGUAAUAGGUCUGAUUGGAGAAUAUCAGCUAUACAUACUGGCAUGCAUUGUUGAGAAUAAAAAGAAAAUGAUAAGAAGGUAGUAAUGGAAACUGAAAAGUUUUUAAAGGAGUUUGAUUUUUUGACAUCUUACAAGACACUUUUUUUCUUCUGAAAUUUCCUGAAAAAUUUGGAUAUUUAUAUAUAUAUAUAUAUAUAUGAGUGAUAAAAUUUCCUUAUAUUUUAUUAAAGUUACGUGCUUGAAAUUUUAUAGUAAAGGCUUAUUAAUAGGUUAUUAUGAGUGUUGUAAAAUUUUCAUAUAUUUUAUGAAAUGAAAAGUCAAUACCUAAAGAUAAGUAUAAUCACGGAUAAAUAUACCAUAUUCUUAAUUUAUUGAACAUUAGUACAUGUAGACAAGAGUAUAUUUAAAAGCUUAGUAAACCUGAUUAUAAUGUUAUAUGUAUUUGUAGUUUUCAAGAUAUAUAUAUAAAUCCAUAGGUCUGUGUACCCUUUCCUAACACAGUUGAUAUUCAUAAAAAUAUAUAGGAAUGCCAAUGUUUCUCAUAUCAUUACAUAUUUGUUAGAAUUCCAGUACAUGUAUUAAAGUAAGAUUUCAAAGAGUAACUUGAAAUUGAGGGAGGGAAGACUAUGUGCGCACCUUAUUAUUUAUUAUUAUGGCAAAUAUUUGAAUAUGUUGGUCUAUUUAUUGCAUUAAUCUAAAAGUCCAAUAUGUUUUUAAGCAUAUUCUCCCCAGAUCACUGCUAUUCAUUUCUUGUGUCUUGUGGAUGAUGAGGCAUGCUCAUCAUCUGUAAUGACAAGAAAAUGCAUGGCAGCUAUCUGGAUAAAUUUUUAUCAGAUAUUUCUGAGGAAUUUACUUAUUUGAAAUUAUUUAAAGUAAUAUUAAGAAAUUUAUAAUAGUCACAUAUUUUGAUAGUAUGUAUAUUUUGUUUGUGCAGAAUUGUUAUUUUCAUUUAACUGUUUGCAGGAAAUCUCUUGAUUCAUAUGCAUUUGCUGUUAUUUACAAGCUAUCAGUCCUCUAUAUUUGAGGCCAGUUUGGUAUGAAGAUACCUGAUAAGAGUACCUCAUAUACUUCUGUAUGUAAAGACAUGCAGAAAGUUUUUUUUUUUUUUUUUACUUAUUGCUCAUCUAGUAAAAGCAUUGAAAAACAUUGUUUAUGUAGUGGUGAAGUUAAUUUUGUAUUGUAGUUGAUUUAUUGAAAUGUAUAAAUGUCUGUAUAUAUUUGAUUUCUCAGUUUAGUCAAUGAUUUACCAUUAUUGGUUCUAACAUAUGUUCCUAUAGUAAAUAACCAUAUACUCGUACAUUAUGAUGUUAAUUAUAUCACUUUGAAAAUGAGUUUCUUGUGAAGUGUAAUCACGUUACAUGGUUGUUUCACAAAACAACAUUGUAAUUCAUGUUCUGUUAAUUGCUAUAUAGGAACCAUGGAAAGAACUGUUAGGUGCCACAUCACAAGACAUUCUGAGGAUUGGAAAAUGUCUCUAAAUUACUUGCUGCCUACUGUGAUAGCAAUAUGUUAAUAAAGAAGCAAUAAUUGUCAUAUGCAGUCACAAGAUUUGUUACUAUAUUAGCAGAGCAACAUGCAACGAGUGAGAUAUGGUAUUUGAAGGGGGAAAAAUCUUUAGAGUUUUACUCAUUUCAACUGUAAAUCUAACUGAUGCCAUUUCACCCACAAAUUUAACUCAUUCUUGUUCCUAAGAACUCCUCUCAGGGGAUAGCAAUUACAGAAAUUUCAGUGUUUUCUUCUUGCACUCUUUCCUUGCAUGCCUUGUUCCACUCAUUCCCUCCUCACCUCUUUCUUUCACUUACUCUAGCACUCUGUUCCCCCUUCUUACCGGUAGUCUUAACCUGGUACCAACAACACUUACUGUAGUCAUAGUCUCUCUUCUAGUUAUUUUAUGUUAUUUUUUCUUUGUUGCUAGACCAUCUCAUGGUGCUGUAUGUGGCCCUCUCAACCAUUCCACAUUUCAUCCCAUCACCUUUAUUUAGCAUACAAUAUCCAGUCUAUCAUAAACUUUCAUAACCCUCACCAGUCAUUAUUCUUACAUCAGAAGCAUUUCUCAGAUAAUUUUUCCUGUUUGAUUCUUUUGUUAUUUUUUGUCUUUUAUUUUAUUUCCUCUUGUUCAGACAAUCUUCUACCACCAUUUAUCAUUCUCAUACACACCACAGUUGUCUCAGCUUUCCUUCAUACACCAUUUCACCUUUUUCUCUUAACAUUCCACCAUUAAUAUUUUUCUCUUUAUUCCUUUUUGUGAUUCACUUUUAUUCUAAUUGCUUAAGCUGAUUUGUACAAUCUUCAUGAACCUCACAUUUUCACUUCAUUCUUCAAAGAAACAGUCAUGUAAAUUCUGCUUCAGUUUGUUAAGAACACAGCUUGGAAUUAAGUGAUCCUUCAAGGAACCCCUAGGGUGUGCUGAUGACUGUUAUCCAUCUGUAAUUAUAAUUCCUACAUUAUUUGUAUUGGUUAUUGUUUCAGCUAUAUGCAGAUAUGCAUCAUGAAAGAUUAUUUAUGCAUAUUAAUUAACAUUUAAUGGGACCUGUAACCUGGUGAUAGGAUGAAAGGUUCAGUCCACCGCAGAAUAACUGAUAAGUGAUUUUUCUCUAUUGUGUGGACACUUUACUGUAAAAUAUCUAAGUUUUGUUGUCUCAUAAUGUAGAAUUUCCCAUGGCUUCCAUACAUGAACUCAUACAUAUUUAGAUAUUUUAGAUAAAAUAAUUAGUAUUAUGUAGAGGAAUGUAGUCAAUAUUAAUUUUGAGGACCAUGUGUAAUAUGCAUUUAUUUUCACAAAAUAUUUAGUAUAUGUUAUGAACCUUAUUAGUUAGGUAGGCUAGUCGAUUAAAAAUCCCCAUUACCACAUUAUACAUUGAAAAGUAAAUUAAUUAAUGUUA